AUGUUAACAAUUAUGAAAGCCGAUAACAGCAUCAAUGAAGGAUUUCGUUUCAAAACUACUUCUUCCUCUACAACUAAUGGCAGUUCGUCAUACUCUGUGAUCGAGCCUUUACGCAUUACGUUCUAUCCUAACAAGGUAUUAAAUGUCAUUACAGGAGCACCGCAAUCACAUAGCUUCAGCAGUACCAAUAGCAGCACCAGCAACAGUGGAUCCGUCAUCCUAUUGCCUACAUCGGGAAAGCCAGCAAAAUUAGCCUUCCUCGGGCCUUCUUUUAACGUUAUCAAACUUAGUCUAGAUUCUGAACUACACGAGUAUCCAAUCCCAUGGCUGUUCAUCAUUUUGCCUGUUGACAGCACCAAGUGGGGCUCACGGAAUGCGCUGGGGGGUGGUUCUGCCUUCAUCGCUUUUGUUAGUGUGGGAAGCAUACUGCAGGGGCAAGCAAGAGCAGUCAAAACUAAAUGUAAUGCCAAAUAUGACGGAUAUGAAGCCCGAAACAGACCAGUUCGCAAUCUUGAUGUCGCCACGCUGCUUCGAGGUAGCGAUGAAGAUAGGGAGGUUGGGGGCUUGUAUAGGAUUACAACCGAAGAAAGCAUUACCAAGAAAUUACUUUCAAUAUCCACGCGAUAUGAAAUACUUAUUCGUGUCAUGGGACCUAGCAAGAUGAAGAUGAUUCAUAUUUUCUUAUUCCCGGACCUCACAAAGCUUUCCAGUUUACCAUCACACUUCCAUAAAUUACUCUUUGAGAUGAGACUUGGAUUGAUUGAGGCUGGUGGGCUCUCAGUCCUUGUAAAUUCGCCCAAGCCCAAUAUAGCUUUGAUCAUUUUGGACUUUGAGGGCAACUAUAAAGGGGAUAAAGGAGUUCUGGCACUGGCAGGAGUGCUCUAA